GAGUUGAGCCAACAACGCUGUGAACGGUAGUUCAAGCGGAACUGGAGUAGUAGUCGACCUCUGCGGACGCUCGACUUUAAAGCCGCUGCACAUAAAUGCCGCACACGCUAUGUCAUGAAAUGCUCUCCUGUAAAAAAGAAAGCAGAAAGCAGCGCGGAUACCUCUAGCCUUCUGGGGCAAACUUCGCGCCAGUCAAGGCUACUUCCAAAGGUGUAGACGUCCGAACCUUUGGCAACAACUGGGGCUCUAGCUAUGCCGCGGUGGUCGGCGCUAUUCGGCUGCGCCAGCGGCAAGCCCCGAGCUUCCAAGGAGGUCAGGGACCAGGAGAAUACCAUCCGUGCAAAAGUGGAUGAAAUGGAGCGCGAGCUCAACAAGCGCAUCUGGCGCGACGCAGCCGAGCUGGAACGGCGGCAGCAGCGGCGAGAUCAGCCACAGCAGGGGCAGGGCAGAGCGGCGGCGCCGCCGCCGCAGCAGCAGCAGGAGCAGGGAUGACGCGCGCACAAGCAUCCGCGUUUUGUGUCGUGUUGUAUUAUUUUGCGUCGCGACGGACCGAACCCCGACUGGGCCGCUGGGUACAUGGCGCAGUCGGAGCACAUGCAUGCUGGCGCGCGUGGGGCAGAUGUGUGAGCACCGGUUUCGGUGUCGUGCAAUAGCGUGCGUGACCCCGCCUCCCUUUGUGUGUGCUCUGCAUGCAUCACGCCGGGGGCGCCCUGGUCAAGCUCCAUGCUCCGUGCUCCGGAGCGCACGCACGUGCCCACCGGGCUCGUUGGCUCGGCGGUGCCGCUGUGGUGGUUGCAAUGAGGGCCAAUGACGCUCACAGCACCAAUAGUUGUCUAGCUAGAAGCAGGAAUGCAGUAUCGAGUACCAGUAUUAGUCAGCGUGUAGCCUAGAUGCCAGCCACUGCGUUGAUUACUGUACCUAGAUAGAGAGCCAUGCUCGCCGCCAUUCAUCUUACUGACCACUUCUUCGACCACAUCCGCACCAGAUCAGGGCACCUACCCUCAUUUAAUCCCGCACUUUGAAAGCCGUUUGUGUUUUGCUAAGCUGCUAUAUUUUGCCGAUCGCAUGGGUGGCCCAGCAGCAGGAAAGGCUUUACACGCAAGUAGGCUAGGAAACACCGUUUUGGCUGGAUGGUGCGGGUACGCUUGUAUGGAGCUCUUGUAGGUCGACAAGCGAGAGGCAGUGUGCAAUUGAGGCGACACUUUGUCUGCAACGAACGGCAACGGGCCGCCGGGAUUGGUACAUCCGUACAUUUUGCUAGCUGCUGCACCUGUGACGAAGUGUGACGUACGUGAUCAUUGGCUGGCCAUGAGCAAAGUUGGGUACCGAUGGGGUUUUUGUAACGACGGGAAAAG